ACCAGGACUGGAAUACCAUGGUUAUUAACAGGAUAAACCACAACCUCUGGGAGCAGGAAAGACCUCUUCUAGCUUCCUUGUGGACACCUUUAUUAGCAUUUGCCUAUAUUCUGUGAAAAAAGAAAUAAAAGAAAAUCAUUCAACUUUUCAAAAUAUUUAUCAAAAUGCAAAGUCAGAUAGACAGCGAAUCUGAAUCAGAAAAAGAAGUUGCGGAUUCCACCAUCAUGUACAGAAAAGCGUUUUAUAAAUCAGAAGUCCCUGAGCUGGAGAUCCCAUUUGCAGUACAGGAUAUCAUCUCUAGGAUUGAGCAAGCACAGCUUCAUCGAGCCAGAGAGGACAUUAAUAUUCAGCUGAAUGACAUACUGCUCAAUGUGCAGCGGAUAAUAAAUCGCUAUACUCUUGAUGAGAAUGUGCACUCUGGAAAAAAAAUCUCCCUUAUAGAACAUAAGAAACGGAGAAUAUAUUUCCUGGAGAAAAUAGUUACUUAUGCUAAGAAUGCUGAAAUUAGAGAAAAGAUUCUUGUGUAUAUCCUGGCCUGGUUGGAAGAAUGGAAUCUCAUUUUGUCUGAGAUAACUGCAAUGGAUAUUGAGGAACACCACCACUGGAUUGCACAAAUGGAGUUUUUACCAGAAACGUUCAAAGCUAUUGAGAGCAAUGUCAAGAUAUUGAGUAGAAUUAGUGUAUCUUUGUUUGAAGAAAGGAAGAGACAAAAGAAAAGAACAACAUCUAGAGGUACUCUAUGGAAAUCUUGGAAAGAAAGAGUUAUAAAGCGACCUGCAACAGCUCAUGCUUUAAGACCAGAUCAGAUGAUUAGUGAUGAAUUUGCAACAAACACAAAGGUUUCAGAAAUCCAAGAUAUGCUACAGGAACUCAUAAACACUACAAUGUUCAAUAAAUUGGAAAACAAUGCUAUUAAAUAUAUAUCAUCAACAAUAGUAAACCUAUCUAAAGCUUUGAGUACACUAACUGAUGAACUAAAAGUUUUUAACCUCCAAAGUGCCAGUAUGUACAUAAACGAGACAAAUGAAAAAGAAAAGGAGCUCUCCCUGAAGAUAAUGCGAGAGCUCAGUGAAAACAACGAGAUGCUUCAGCAGAAACUGCGAGAUGCAGAAGAAAAAUAUGAAUACCUUAUUCGGUCCAAAGGUGUUGUACAACCCCGAGGAGGUACAGCAUUGCCCACAUCACCCUUGAAUGUGUUACCUGAGCUUUCUUCACAAUCAUCCAUUGCUAUUAGCAAAGCUGACAGAGAAGACAGUACAGAUGAUAUUUUGGUUAAAGAAUUUGAAAAUAUUCUAGAUGAGGCCCAAACAAAAGGGACCAAGGGCUUGGGAAUCAAGUGGAACUCAACUAUUUCAUAUACAGCCCCAGUUGAAAUAACUCCAGAUUUAACUGAAGAGCAAUAUCCUUUACCUGAAAAAAAACAAAAAGAGGCUUCUGAAGAUAAGAUAUCACUGAAGAAAGGUGAUAUCCAUCAGAAAGAUGGGACUGACCAGCAUCAAUCACAGAAGAAAAAGCAAACUAAAGGCCCAUAUACACAUGAGACCUCUGGGUCAAAUCUGAGUGAUGAUAAAAGUAAAAAGAAAGCCUCAGAGACCAAAUUUGAUCAUCAUUUAGAACUACAGGCACUGGAAAAGAAGAGAAAAGAAAUAAAAUCCUUUUCUGAAGCCAAAUCAAAGCCAUCCACUGAAUCAAAAAGUCAACACGUCCUUGCUGAUUAUCCUACUGACACAAAAAGCCAACAUGGCAAAGGGGGAACAAAUAGUUUAUGGGAACAACUCAGGAAGGUCAAACCUGAGUAUUCACAGGACAGGAGCCAGAUUUCUUCAGAGAAUAAAGAGGAACCCACCACUGAGUCAGGGGACAAAGAAGGCAUGAGUGAGAUGAGCAGCCAAGAAGAGCAAUUCAGGUUGACUCAACUUGGUUAUUCCCCUCAGAAAGUGAAAACAAAAGGAAAGAAGCACCAAGACCCUCCAGCAACCAUCACAAGCAAACAGGGAAAACUUGAAGAGGACAUGUUGGUAUUCACGAAGAAAGUCAAGUCUCAUAGACUUGUUAAGUCACAAUCUAGGGUAACAGAGGAGACUUCAGAAUCUACCAGAGUUCUUGGAAGUGCAGAUGGCAAAAGUGAAGAGAGUAACUUGGAAGAAUUUCAAGAUGCCAUAAUAGCUUUCCUAAAAGAGAAAAUUGAUAACAUAGGAAAGCCUUUGGACAAAAAGAUUGUGCCAAAAGAGGAGUUAUUAUUAAAAGGAGCAGAGGUUGAAAAAUUAGGAAUCAUAAAGGCAAAAAUAGAGGAAUAUUUCCAAAAUGUGGCUGAAACUGUGACAAAAACCUUGAGAAAAUACAAAGAUAUAAAAAAUGUAGAACAAGUUGGAGAGAAACGUAUGAAACAAAAAAAGGAAGUCUCAUUUAUGCCAGGAUUGUAUUUUCAGAAGCCAAUUAGUGCAAAGCCUGAAAUUAGCACCUUAUUCUCAUCUAAGAGCAUGGACCCACUAACUGACAAUUUAAUACAAACAAUCUUGACUGAAAUAGAAGGGGAAAGAGAUGCUCCAGUAGCCUCAACAGUAGGGAGAGACCACAGAGAAAAGGAAAAACAAAGGCAGGAGGAAUAUAUGCAAGAAGGUCAAGAAAAAAUACUUGGUAAACGUCUCAAACACCAGUUGAAAGAAGAAGGGAGUUUCUGGAAGAAGAGCUAUGAGGUAAUAAAUAAAAAACCCCAGGAGGAAGAGUCAUGGCUCCAGAUGAAGGUAGGAAAGCAAGGACAACAAAAGCACAAACAGUGGCAGGAAGAGGAAAUAUGGAAGGAGCAGCAGAAACAGAGGAUGCAAAAGCGGACUGAGCAAGAAGAGGAGCAAAUGCAAAGAAAAGAGGAAGAAGAGUAUCAGCAGCCAAAACAGCAGAAGCUGGAAGCAUGGAAUGAAAAAAUGGAAAAACCAGUGGUGCCCUUGGAGAAGGAGAAAGGACAGCAGAAGGAAGUGAGAUAUCAAGAGCUGGAAAUUAAUUGGAAGAAAGAGAAGCAGAAGCCAAGGAGAAAUGCACAGGACCAUGAAGGGCAGUGGCAGAAAAAACCAAAGGAUCAGAUGAAGAUUAAUGAGAAAAACUCUGAAGAACGAGAAAAGAUGUUCAGCCAAACUUCAAUGACAUUGUUUCCCAAGUGGAAGAGCAUACCGAGAGUAACAUCCCAGUCACACCAAAGAAAAGAGUUCCUUGGGCGUUUUAAGACAUUACACAUUCCUGCUGAUGGAAAGCAUCCCAUCCCAACCACUCCUCUCUCUACACAAUUACCUUCACCAGAGGCCUUUCCCAUUUCUGGACACUCUCCCACAGGGUUCCCCACUCUAACUCCUCAACAGGCCCAGGCACCGGGCAUCACUGUUACCUCUCAAAAGGCAGAGGAGGCACUUGGAAUCACUGUCGCCCCAGAACAGGCCCAGGCACCAGGGAUCACUCUCACCCCCGAGCAGGCCCAGGCACUGGGGAUCACUCUCACCCCUCAGCAGGCACAGGAACGGGGGAUCACUCUCACCCCUCAGCAGGCCCAAGAACUGGGGAUCACUCUCACCCGUCAGCAGGUCCAAACACUGGGGAUCACUCCCACCCCUCAGCAGGCACAGGAACGGGGAAUCACUCUCACCCCUGAGCAGGCCCAAGCACUGGGGAUCACUCUCACCCCUCAGCAGGCACAGGAACAGGGCAUCAUUCUCACCCCUCAGCAGGCCCAGGCACCGGGGAUCACUGUCACUCCUCAACAGGCCCAGGCAGGGGGGAUCACUCCCACCCCUCAGCAGGCACAGGAACGGGGAAUCACUCUCACCCCUGAGCAGGCCCAAGCACUGGGGAUCACUCUCACCCCUCAGCAGGCACAGGAACAGGGCAUCAUUCUCACCCCUCAGCAGGCCCAGGCACCGGGGAUCACUGUCACUCCUCAACAGGCCCAGGCAGGGGGGAUCACUCUCACCCCUGAGCAGAUCCAGGCAAGGAGGAUCACUCUCACCCCUCAGCAGGCCCAAACACUGGGGAUCAGUCUCACUCCUCAGCAGGCCCAAGCACUGGGGAUCACUCUCACCCCUCAGCAGGCACAGGAACAGGGCAUCAUUCUCACCCCUCAGCAGGCCCAGGCACCGGGGAUCACUCUCUCUCCUCAACAGGCCCAGGCAAGGGGGAUCACUCUCACCCCUGAGCAGAUCCAGGCAAGGAGGAUCACUCUCACCCCUCAGCAGGCCCAAACACUGGGGAUCACUCUCACUCCUCAGCAGGCCCAGGCAGGGGGGAGAACUCACACCCCUCAGCAGGCCCAAACACUGGGGGUCACUCUCACGCCUGAGCAGGCCCAGGCACAGGGGAUCACUCUCACCCCUGAGCAGGCACAGGAAUGGGGGAUCACUCACACCCCUGAGCAGGCCCAGGCAGGGAGGAUCACUUUCACCCCUGAGGAGGCCCAAACACUGGGGGUCACUCUCACUCCUGAGCAGGCCCAGGCACUGGGCAUCACUCUCACCCCUCAGCAGGCCCAAGCACUGGGGAUCACUCUCACCCCUGAGCAGGCACAGGCACGGGGGAUCACUCUCACCCCUCAGCAGGCCCAGGCAGGGAGGAUCACUCUCACCCCUGAGCAGGCCCAAACACUGGGGGUCACUCUCACUCCUGAGCCGGCCCAGGCACUGGGGAUCACUCUCACCCCUCAGCAGGCACAGGAACAGGGCAUCAUUCUCACCCCUCAGCAGGCCCAGGCACCGGGGAUCACUCUCUCUCCUCAACAGGCCCAGGCAGGGGGGAUCACUCUCACCCCUGAGCAGAUCCAGGCAAGGAGGAUCACUCUCACCCCUCAGCAGGCCCAAACACUGGGGAUCACUCUCACUCCUCAGCAGGCCCAGGCAGGGGGGAGAACUCACACCCCUCAGCAGGCCCAAACACUGGGGGUCACUCUCACGCCUGAGCAGGCCCAGGCACAGGGGAUCACUCUCACCCCUGAGCAGGCACAGGAAUGGGGGAUCACUCACACCCCUGAGCAGGCCCAGGCAGGGAGGAUCACUUUCACCCCUGAACAGGAUCAGGCACUGGGCAUCAUUCUCAGCCCUCAGCAGGCUCAGGCACUGGGCAUCACUCUUACCCCUCAGCAGGUCCAGGCACAGGGCAUUACUCUUACCCCUGAGCAGUUCAAAGCAUUGGUGGUCACUCUCACCCCUGAGAAAUGCCACAGCUUAGGUAUCAGAGUCACCCCUGAGAACGUUCAGACAUGGGGGCCACCUCUCACUGUAGCACAGGGUUGGAAUUUUAGAGUCCCUCUUAGUCCUGAAAAUGUCUUGGUGUCACCUGUCACUUUUACACCUGAACAGAUCCAGGGUUUAUGUGCCCCUCUCUCUUUGGAACAGGCUGAAGCAUUAGGGAUUUCCGUCUCUCCAGAAUACUUCUGGAAAUUUGGGGUCCCUCUCACCUCAGAUAAAUUCCAUGCCUUAGAAUCUCCCCUUGAACAAGUCCAACCUUUGGGAGCCCCCUUCAUCCCAGGACAAUCCCAUCCCAUGGGUAUUACUCUCAUGUCUGAGGAAGUCCAACAAUCAAGUGAACAGCCCUCACCACUUGGGGCCCAUCCUCCUUUAGAACAUACCUUGAAAGUUGGGAUCAUUCCUGUUACUGAUAAAUCCAUUAUACCAGGUGCUUCUCACAUUUCCAAGCAGUUCCCCACAUUGGCUCCUUCCAGUCCUAGAUCAUCUCAGAGAUUAAAGGCUUCUGUCCUCCCUGGGAAAUCCAUUAUAUCAAGCCCCAGGCAAUCCCCAGCAUCUGCUCCUAUUUCUGAGAAGUCCUCUGUAUUUGAAGUCUUUUCUACUCCUUUGCAGAUAUCAAGGUCUCCUCUUUCCCAAGCCCCUGGGAAAUUGCUAGGAAUGAGAAUUCCUCCUGACCCUGGGAAGCUUCUGGCACCACAGACUUUUCCUUCCUCUAAACAGUCCCUGGUUUCUGAAGGUCAAUCCACCUCUGUUCAAUCUGUACCACCAAAAGUCCCUCUGCCUCCUGGGAAGCUUCCCACAGGUGAGGACCUUCCGACUUCAGGGCAGCCCCUUACACUAGAGACCCUUCUUAGUCCUAGGAAGUUCUUUACCUCUUGGAGUCCUCAGCUACCUAUGAUAUCAGAGUCCCCUUUUGCCCUCAGGGAGCCCCUUCUAUCUGGAACCCCACUCUCCUCUGCACAGAUGCCCAGUCUCUUGGCUCCUCUUUCUCCUAGGAAGCCCUUUGUUCCUGGGCCCUCUUCCACCCUUGAGGAGUUUCUGGAACCUAGACCCUUAACACACUUUGAGGAGCCCCAGGCAUUCCAGCCCCCUGCCACCUGUGAACAAUCUCCCUAUCUACGAGUCCCUUCCACCCUUGAGCAGCAUCAAGCUUCCCCACUGUGGAUCCCUCCCAUCCCUGGGCAUCCUCCAGCACUAUGGACCUCCCUAAAUCGUGGAAAGCCCCAGAAAGAUAUGUCCUCUUCUGUCUCUAAGGAAACGUUUCAGUCCUAUCUUACCAAUUACAGGACAGCAGUAUCACAAAUCCCCUACAUUGGUGGGAGAGCCCUUCCCAGUCUCAUGAAGCCUCUUACAACUAAACUACCUAAAACAUCACAGAUAUCUUCUAAAUGGGACCAGAAAACCCAGUUCCCCCCUAUAGAUAAGUCCUGGAUAUUGACUUCAGAUUCAGUUACCAAGAAACACAAGAUGAUGGUGCCCCCUUCCUCUUCCCAAGAGUUCAAAGAGCAGAGAUAUUUUGUUGAUGUGGAGGCUCAGAGAAAGAACCUGACACUCUUAAAUCAGGCCACAAAAUCUUUUGGACUCCCUUCACAGCUACACACAACAGCUGCGAAUCUCAUAAUUGAGACAUUGCAUACGGACAGAGUUCGGCUGGGAUACCUAUUCCGCAAGUACAUUGCUUACAGGCUGAUCCAGCGUGCAAGAAACAACAUAAUCAGACGAUUACAAGCUGUCCAAAACACUGGGAAAGGUUAUGAGACCCAGAACCUCUACAUAAUGCUGAGCAGAAUUGAUGACUACCAGAAAAAGGUGAUGCAGGUCUGGACUGACAAGCAGAAAUCUUUAGAGCAGAAACGGAAUCAGUGCCUGAGGAACACGAUGUCCUUAUUUAGCCAGCUUCAAAUGAUGUAUAAAUUGAAUCUUAGACAACCAAUCCCUUUGAUCAUCGACAAAAAGCAGAUACCUGCCUCUACCGAAUUUGUUCAACAGCCAUUCCUAGAGCUGCUAAUAGAAGAAGACAGGAAGUCUGACACAUUCAAGAAAUUUCGACAAGAUCAAAUGGGAGCUAUCUGGAAUACUGAUCUGUCGACUUCAAGCUACCCAAUAACAGAGAAGACAUCAAUACAUUUGCUCUGGGCCCAGCUGGGUGGGUACCCAGAUAUUCCUAUGCUACUCCAAUUAGAUGUUCAAUCUACCUUCAGAAAAUCUCUUGCAUCCAUUAAAUCACGAGGUGACUACAACUAAAAUUUCUCUUCUUGCCUGGAUGUGACGCUUGGAGCUACUGCAAUCUUUGGCAAUCCUGAGGUGAUAACCACAGGAUGAUAAGACGAUAUACCAGGAAUACAGAGAAGGAAAAUAAAUAAAACCCUGUCCUUGAUGACAUCUAGUUGCUAAAACAACCCUGAGUAUACUUGCCUCUGGGCUUUUGUUAGGUGAGCAAUAAAUGGCCUUAGUUGCAGACUUUCUUAGUCAGGGAUUCUGUCACU